AUGCAAACCAUUACUGUCGCCUCAAAGGCCAAUGGCGGCUUAGUCCUUCCUGCGUUGCUUGCGGCAACAUACUUCUCGCAGUGCAGCCCUGACGACGCCAUUUCAGUCGAAUGCAAAGACGUGGAGACUCAUGGACACGAAAAUGCCAAAACCAUCCUCCUGAGAACAAACGAUGGGAAAUUUAUCGCUGACGGAUUCGUGAUCAAGCACUUGGUGGACCAUAUUCAACUCCCAUGGGGAGUGAGGAAGAGCGAUCUCAUCGAAUGGCUGGAUCGCUCGGCGGCCCUUGCAGUCCCUGACUUCAAGUUGUUGGAUCAGCCCAUGAAGGAGCUGGAGUCUCACCUCGCCUUGCGUUCUCACAUCCUUGGACACACCCUGACCUUGGCUGAUGUUGCGGUUUGGGGUGCUCUUCGUGGAAACAAAGUUAGCACCAGAAUCCGCCGGAACUACGCCAACAUAAACCGUUGGUUUGACUACGUUGAAGCUUCGAAUCCUUGGAUGACGGAUGUUGUCGUGGAUCUUAGCAACGCCGCACGGCAGAGAAAGGCCGCAGCGAGUGCAGCUGGUGCAAGUUAUAACAUCGGUCUGAAAAACACCGAAAAUGGCAUUGUCACGAGAUUUCCUCCUGAACCCUCUGGAUACCUUCAUAUCGGUCAUGCAAAGGCAGCCUUGCUGAAUGACUAUUUUGCCCACGAAUACCUUGGGUCUGACUCACGCGGGGUUCUCAUUUGUCGAUUUGAUGACACGAACCCUUCGAAAGAGUCCGAAGAGUUUCAGGAUUCAAUUCUGGAGGACUUAGCAUUGAUUGGUAUCUAUCCUGACAGAAUUACUUAUUCCAGUGACUACUUUCAGCAGAUGUAUGAAGCUUGUGUCAAGCUCAUCCAGGGAGGCAAGGCAUAUGCGGAUAAUACGCCGAAGGAGGUCAUGGGAGAACAAAGGGGGAAAGGUAUUGCGAGUCUUAAUCGAGACAUGAGCGUUGCGAAUAGCCUUGACCGGCUCGAAAAGAUGAAGGAUGGCACAGGGCUAGAAUGGUGUAUCCGUGCGAAGAUUUCCGUCGACGACCCAGUGAAAUGCCUACGCGAUCCAGUCAUCUACCGCUGCAACCUCCAGCCUCAUCAUCGAACUGGCACAACCUGGAAGAUUUACCCCACGUACGACUUCUGUGCUCCUUUUCUUGAUUCUCUAGAGGGUGUGACUCAUGCGCUCCGAACUAAUGAGUAUCGGGACCGUAACCCACAGUAUACAUGGAUUCAAGAGGCUCUCGGUAUCCGGCAGGUAGAAAUUUGGGACUUCUCUCGCCUCAAUUUCGUUCGCACUGUGCUUUCUAAGCGAAAGCUUACUGUCUUAGUUGACAAUGGUGCCGUUUGGGGUUGGGACGAUCCUCGAAUGCCUACCGUUCGUGGUAUCCGACGCAGAGGAAUGACAGUACCUGCUCUUCGAGAAUUUAUUCUGAAACAGGGACCGAGUCAGAACGUCAUCAAUCUCGAAUGGUCGUCUCUCUGGGCCACCAAUAAGAAAUACAUCGAUCCCGUUGCUCCGAGACAUACUGCUAUCCCCAAAGAUAAUGCCGUUACUGUGAUUGUCAAUGGUGUGAAUCGGACCAGUUCUGAAGAAAAGCCACGACACAACAAGAACGCAGACCUGGGCACGAAAAAGGUCUUUUUCUCUAGAAAGAUUCUUCUAAGCCAAGAAGAUGCCGCAUCUUUGAAGUUGGCCGAGGAAAUCACACUCAUGAAUUGGGGCAAUGCGAUUGUCAAAAAAGUCUCUUCCAGUCCGUCCAGCAUUGUCUCCGAAAUGGAGGUAGACCUUCACCUCGAAGGCGACUUCAAGAAGACCGAGAAGAAGUUGACUUGGCUAGCAAAGGAGGCAUUCAAUAUGGUCCCUGCCGAACUCGUCGAUUUUGACUACUUGAUCACCAAGGACAAACUCGACAAGGAGGAUGAUCUCUUCUCUUUUGUGACACCGAAGAGUGAGUUUCGGACUGAGGCCUGGGCCGACUGCAAUGUCAUGAGCCUCGCUCGAGAUGAUAUUAUUCAAUUUGACCGUAUUGGAUUUUUCCGAGUCGACCAAGCUUAUGAGGAGGGAAAACCCGUCGUUCUUUUCAGCAUCCCAACGGGUAAAGGCGCUUGA